UACUCUUAUUACUUGAUUCAUUGGUUCUUUACAUUGUUUUUCUCACAAUUCUAUCCUAAUGUUCAUCUUACCAAAAAUCUAAAUCAUAUGUAUUAGUUUUCAAUUGAUAUUAAUUUAUCAGUAUUAAUCAUAUACGAGGGAAAUGAUACCUUCAAUCAUUUCUAUUCUACCAGGAACCUUGAAUAGUAUCCACUACUUUUAAUUCCCUUGCAACGGAGUUAGGGGUAUAGUUCUGCAAUUGUGUCUAUGCAUGGAUGAAUGAUUUCACGCAGUACGAAAAACGUCAGCACAUUUAUAUGUGCUUCAAUUUUUAGAAUCUUAAAUUAUUUGCACAUAUAUUGAUUUAUCUCGAGUACAAAAGAAACUAUAAACAAAAGGGAUGAAAAUAAUAAACAUUCUAUAAUUAAGAAUUUUGUAUUAUGGGUCAUUUCUGGCCUGCACAAAAUUAUUAAAUUCUUUAAGCAUCUGAGGUCUUGAAUAUUUUCUGCUCUAUAUUGUUACGUAUUUUCAGUUUUUCACAUUUGUUUCCAUUGCAUGUCCAAUAUAUCUCUCCAUAAAGAAAGAAAUGUUCCUCAAACAACGAAAAUUGGACCCACCCCCAUCCCAAAAAAAGGAAAUAUUAAAGAUUUUUCAAGUCAUUCUUCAUAUUAUUUGAAAAUAAAGCUUUGUAUGAAUUUUUCUCAUUAUAUUUCCUUCUUAAUGAGCUUAAUUUUUUCUCAUUGUGCUGUGGAGCAGAUUGAUGGCUUUCGGAAAUUGAAAAUGGUUACCUCUUCUAAGGCAAUACAUAUAAAUUAGAUCGGGUUAUUUAAGGUAAAUGGAUAUCCAACGGACUUUUUCGUAAAUCAUGUUAAUGGAAAUCUAUUAUUAGGUAUGAAAAACCCCGAAGUUAUAUUUAAAUCAACAAAGGUUUUUUUAAAGGCAAUCCUACGUAGACAUGGUUCACAUAAUGUGCAUUAUGCUUCCUCCUGUGUCAAAUUUCAGAGCUUAACAAUACUACUUACAUCACGCAAACGAUUAAGUAUUUUAAAAAUCUCCUAUUCUAUUCAUUGAAAUGCAAUCUAUUCAUUAGUUUGUCCUUUAAACAUUGGGUACUUUCUGAAAUUAGCUUCCUGCUUUUUAAUCUGUACUUUCCCUUCAAUUUCUUUGUAACUAAAAUCAUCCCAUAUAAACAUUUGUUAAUCAGAUAAAAUUUUGUAAAAUUAAAAGUGACAACGUCCUCUUCACAGAUAGCAUAUACAUGUAUAAGAAUCAAUAUGGAUUUUGAACCUAGACAAUCGACGGGGAACAAACGCAAACGUUCUGGCGAGGAGGAAUGUGAAUUUGAAGAAAAGAAGCCAAAGCUUCAAUCUGACACAGAUCUAAAUGGUUCACUACAACCUUCAAUUUAUCAUGGAAAGGAAAUUUUCGUACAACAAGCAUUCAAAAUCCAGCCAAUCAUUAUCGAGUCCAAAUAUGAUGAUCAGCAAGAAAGAGGAAAUAAGGAGGACUUGGCUUCUGAUUGCAUUAGAGAAAGGGGUGAAUCUUUUGUCGAGUCCAAUCACAGUAAAGAAAUAUUAUCUAUUCCUGUAGAAAUAUUAUCCUUUGGAUCCGAAACUACUUCUUCGACAAACUUGACAGAUGUCAAAGAAGUCAAAGAUGGAAAUUGCAUUGAACAUGCAGAGGGUUCAAAAAAGAUUUACAUACCUAUAGAAGUAAGAAGCACGAACAACUUCGAGAGUGAAAAUAAAAUUCAAGCAAAAUCGCCAAAAUACAUAGAAAAGCAGUUUGGAAAUCUCUCAAAAGAAUCAAGCCCAAUUUUCUUGGAGAAGGAUUCAAACAUUUUUGACUCCAAAACUGAGAGUACAACUUCACUACAACUACAUCUACCAAAAAACAAAGAAGAUGAAGUUCUGAAUCAUCAAGGAGAGGCCAGUCAAGUAUCUGAAUGCGAUGAAAGGUCUUUGGAUUCCGGAAUACUGGGCGAAAGCGAGUCUUUAAAAAAUUACGACAGUUACAUUGAAAAAGAUGACGAUACAAACGUAAGCGAGCCAACGUUGAUUGUGAAAGAAAUAUUUAUCGAAGAAAAUGGACCAACUUCUCCAAGUCACAAUCAGACAGGAGGUAGCGAUGACGUCAUUGGGUCUUUAGAGAAAAAUGAUGACGAAACUAAAAACAGGAAUGACCCUGAUGAUAAGAAAGAAUCCGAAAAUUAUUUGUACAGGUUACUCCGACCUGCAGAGACUUAUAUCACUGGAAUCUUUCCCAAAAAUAUUCAUUCAAGUACAAGCCUUGAAGACCAUGUUAGUAGAGGGUCUAGUUGCAGUAUAGCGUCAAAGUUCAUCUCCUGUUCUAAGUCACUAGACAAGAUCAAAGAGUUUGCUAGAAUUAUUCGGAAAGGAUGGCGCCACGAGCUAAGGUACAUUGUCCGGAUUGACCGCACCCUAAUGGGAACCGAUGUUGAAGAAAUAGAUCUUACGGACACAAGCAUCCGAGAAACGCGUCUUACAAGUGAAAGAUCAAGAAGAAACUCCUUAAGAUUUGAAGAGAUUAUAUUGGUUCCAAAAGAAUGCAUACCUGCUGCAAGCGUUAAGAGGAUUGGUCAUGUGCAGAAUGGCUUUUUUCAUUUUGAUGAAUAA